AUUCAUGGUGACUGGGUAAAUUGGGAUGGAGUGCCACACUUGCUGCACAUAUCAACAGCCUGCACAAGGAAGGACAAACACAAUCAUUGCAUUAUCCCCACGUGACUUUUGGACUUCACUAAAGAGCAGAACAAUCACAGGAAGCCCUUUGGAGGAAAUGUGGGCUGAUUUCUCUCCCAGGACAGCACUGGAAGUCCUGAUUCCACCGGUCCACACACAGUAGCACUGACCUGCCACAAUUGACCUCUUCCACAAGGAUCUCUUGCUUCCUUUGUGGAAUAGUACAAGAGGGGGAUUUGAACAUUUGUACUGAAUCGACAUCAGAGUAUGAGACGAUCUGUGGUGAAGCAGGUGAUGGGGCCAGCAAUGUGGACAGGGUUAUGGGCCUUCGCUCUCUUCAUCGGCACAGUUACCACAGAAAGCACAGUCAACAGGGGGACACCGAAACACAACCCCAUACAGCAAAGACAUAAAAGAGACUGGCUGUGGAAAUUUCUCUUUUUGGAAGAGGAGAAAUCCAACCCUCCACAUUAUGUAGGAAAGCUAAAAUCAACAAUGGCCAGUAAUCAGACAAAGUUUGUCAUAAAAGGAGACGGUGCCAACUCAAUUUUUCAUGUCUCUAGACAAGGAGACAUUUACGCCAUAAAAAAGCUGGAUCGGGAAGUAAAAAGCACAUACUACCUUACAGCUCAUCUUCUGGAUAUCGCCACCAACAAAUCAGUGGAAGCUGCAGAACCAUUUAAUAUUAAAAUCAUUGACCUUAAUGACAACAAUCCUGUGUUUCCACCAAGCUACAAUGGGUCUGUCCUUGAGAGAUCUGCUGCAGGAACACAUGUGCUGACAGUGACAGCUACUGAUGCAGAUGAUCCAACUACUGCCAAUGGACAAGUUGAAUAUAAAUUGCUAAAUGGAAAUGAUGUCUUUGAAAUUGAUGAAAGUGGAAAAAUUACAACAAAAAUUGACUUCCUAGACCGGGAGACGGAAAGUGCAUACAUAGUUGUGGUUCAUGCCAAGGAUAUGCCAGGCAUGAAAACUGGAGGCAGUGCCACCACCACAGUCACUAUCACCGUGGGCGACAUCAAUGAUAACAUGGCCACCUUUAAGAAAAAGAUUUACAAGUUUGAUGUCAAAGAAGAUGAGAAGGAGAACUUUAAAAUUGGCACAGUGGAAACUGAGGACAAAGAUGAGCAGCAGAACAAAGAUCCAGUAUUCACCAUAGUGGCGGAUUCCACCACAGAGCCCAGAUUCACCAAUGUAUUUAAGAUUGAAAGAAACCCACGAAAAGAUGGAGUCCUCACUUUAAAACAGAAACUGGAUUUUGAAAGCAGGAAGGCAUAUACUUUUGAUGUUUAUGUGCGUGAGGACAAUCUCCAAAAACCUCCAGAUGACCAGGGUGCAUAUGCUAACACCAAGGCUAAGGUUAUUAUAAAUGUGCUAGAUGUGGAUGAGCCACCUGUAUUCAGCAAAGAUGCCUACACCUUCACUCUUCGCGAAGAUGCCAAAGUCUCCACUAAGAUCGGAGGUGUGUUGGCCAGGGACCCAGAUGCAGCCCAGAACAAUAUACGGUACUCCAUAGAUGACCCAAAAUGUCCAGUAAAGAUUGAUCCAAAGACUGGUACCAUGUACACAGACAGGAAACUGGACCGGGAACUCAUCCCCUUAUACAUAUUCUAUGUGACUGCUGAGGAGGCUACACCCAAAGCACUGAAAUCUUACGUGAACGUAAGCCUUGUGGUUCUUGAUUUCAACGACAAUGCUCCAGAGCUGACAAACUUCCAAGACCUCUUUGCGUGCGAGAAUGAUGGACCUGGCACGGUAAUAGGAACCAUAGGGGCAUCUGACAAAGAUGAUCAUCCGCAGAGAUUCAGUUUCUCUCUUGCAAAGCCAAGCCCAAACUUCUCACUCAUCAGUGAUGGCAGUAGUACUGCUAACAUCACAGUGACACACGGAGGUUUUGGCCUGGAUGACAGGCGGGAGUACUUAAUGGAGAUUGUGCUGAAGGAUAGUGGCUCACCUGCUCUCAGCAGCACCACCACCGCCACCAUCCGAGUGUGCAGCUGCGGCAGAGACAGGAAGGACUAUUACUGCAAGCCUGCUUAUGCUCAGGCUGGUGUCAGCACAAGUGCCCUCAUCGCCAUUCUCCUCUGCAUCCUCACCAUACUGGUGAUCAUGAUACUCAUCGUGCUGAGAAAGUGGUACCAGAAGGACACUCUGGACACCCUGGGAAAGAGCUCCAGAGAGAUCCACGAGCAGCUAGUGGCUUAUGAUGAAGAAGGUGGCGGGGAGAUGGACACAAAUGGCUAUGACGUGGCCAUCCUGACCUCAGCAAGGAACGAGGGACGCCUGCACCUGGUGCCCGCUUUGUACGCUGCUGUCAAGCGGCCCCUGGCAGACAGGGGCCACGUGGCCGCCAUGAUUGAGGCGAAGAAGGACGCGGCGGAUCACGACAGGGACAGCAGCCCAUACGACACCCUGCAUAUCUACGGGUAUGAGGGAGCCGGAUCAUUCACCAGCAGCCUGAGCUCCCUGGAGAUGUCCUCAUUCAGUGACUCCAGCCUGGACUACGACUUCCUCAGUGACUGGGGCCCAUGUUUCCAGACCCUGGCAGAGUUGUACAGGCCAGAUAUCUCAGAAAAGUAAUUACUAUCAAUGCUAAGCUGAAAGCCAGCAGGCAAUACCUUCAAUUAUAUUGAACUUCCAUUUUGUGCAAGACUUUGACCAUGCCUCCAAAAAGCUUCUUGACUUUCUGCUCAUGGAGCACCUUUAGAAUGGCUUUCAUUGACUGUUCCACUUGUGACGUUCUGGAUAUUCAUGACUUUCACAAAUGUCAACACAUUGACCUCCAUUGUUGACCUCUAUUUUUGGCACAGUCUGAUUUUAUCAGGUCUCAUUUACUUACAUAUUCUGCAGAGAUCUGCCCAUUCUGAAAGUCCCAUAUAAAUUGCUACACAAAACACUCUCAAAAUGCAUUACUGUCAUUUUAAGUCUUGACUACAAUGGCACAAAGUAUAGGAAAGGGAACAUAUCGCAAACAAAAGUUGAACGUGUCGUUUUAUGUUUCACUGGCAUGGAACUCUCGCAUCACAAAGGUUUCUAAAAAUUAUAAGAAAAGCAGGACAUUCUUCAGUUAUGUUGGAAAAAGGUUUUUGAAAAUGCUGCUGGGUGGCUCCUAGGGUUAAGGCACCAUGUUGUGGGGCUAGGACGAGCUCCACAGUCUUGGAUCGAAUCCAGACAAUGACAGUGGCUGGUAGCAGCACAGGGCGAUUCCUUCUUCCACGUAAGCAAUUUCUCCUGCUGCGGAGUUCCAAAACCAGCAGUAGGGUUCACGCAUGAGCAUAGCCACAGUUGCAAAUAACUGGACGUUCCAAAUUAGGAUUGGAGUUGGACAUGUUCAGCCCCACAUUGGGCACCAAAUUUAUAACAAAAAAAGAAAAAAAUGUAAAGAUUUGGUCAGUUUAUGUUAUGGUCAUUCACUAUAGUUCUUCAGCAAAAUAAUAAAUGUAAAAUAAUUUUCUUCUUUUUAUAGUUACAAAACAUGUGUAUUUUGAGCAUUUAAAAAAAAAUAUUUACUAUUGCUAAUAACUGUUUUUGUAUUCAGCAUUGUCUGUAAGUAUCUGUUAUGUGCCAAGUUAAUUCUCUUUUUCACUAGUCACAAAGGGAUAUCAACAGGAAACUAUUGUAGUAGAUCUUUGAAAGAUUUACUCUUUGUUUAAUUUGGCAGGACUCGACAACACAUACAUUGCAUAGAUCAUCUAAGGCCAGUGAUAAACUAUAAAAAUAAGUUACAACCAACUCAGAAACACAAAGUACCAGAAUUAAUUAGAACAGAUGAUAGAAUUAUGAUCUGAAAAAGUGUAACCUUUUAUAUCACAAACAAAUCCAUGACAUAGCAGGAAAUGAUUACUAUCACAGGGUGUUACUGCUAUCACAGAAACAGGGUUAUUAUCCUUUAAAUGGUUAUUGGCAUUUCGGUGAAUCAUUAUCUUCACUGCACAGUAUUGAAUUUGACUGCACUAAAAUGAAUAUCUAUCUCAAAUUCCAAGCACCAUAGACCAUUUUGUUGCAAACAGAUUUAUCAAUGUGGGUAAUUUCUCAAAACUCAACAAAUAGUAAUAUUUUACUUUAAUUUAUCUUCAUUCCAUUUGCUUUUCUCCCCAACUUGUUUUGUUCCAUUUGGAAACUGGUCCCAUAAACCACAGAUACAAUGUGAGGAAGUCAGCCAACGAUUUUCCUGUUCACAUUGUGUACAUAAAGGGUUUGACUCCCACCCUCUAGGCACAGCUCACAAUAUCUUAACAAGACAUGGGAAUCUACUUCCUCCACAUGUGUUUGAGGAAGACCAUUCCUUGUUUUGUUGUCACUUGACUGCAAAAAUUAAUUGUGGCACUCUUCCCAUCUAGGUAUCUUGGGGGAAGGUUGCAGUCUGUAGAACAUUAUGAAGCUUAAUCUUAACCAUGGUGUCAUGAAAAACUAUUCAUCAGCAGCCAGUUUUUUAGUUGGUGCGGGUGGGCCUACUCUAUCAUAUCCUUUCGUAGCAUGUUCAUGCCUUUCUCAUCUUUUAUAUAUUUUUAUCGUUGACAUUUUGCAGUUCUACUUUUAGAUUAAAUGUGCAUAACUUUUUCUUUGGAUCGGAUCCACAGACUAUGACUUGAUUUGCCAUUAAUUCGUACAGGUCAAAAUGUUUGACACCCUGAGGUCUUUUCAAUCCAAUUAACUGAAAGACAUUUGUUUUCUGUAAUGGAAAGAUAACAUUUGGAAUUAAACACAAAAUAAUGUCUUAAAAAUGUGUGACAAACAAUAUUGCUUUAUCAAAUAAGCUGUUGUUGGUCCCAGAUAUGUGUAAAUGCUAACCACUGUAAUGGCUCAUGUGAAUUGUACAAAACGCAAAUAUUACUUUAAUAAUAAUUAUUACAUUACAAACUACUGAUUCUUUAUUGUUGAGAAUUGAGGAUAUGGCUUUCUCUCAUUCAUACCAUGGCUAUGCAUUCAUUGUAAAUUGUGGCUCUUGUCUCUGGUCUAUGUUUCCUGUGUAAUGUAAAAUAAUGUAUUUAACUGGAAUCACACUACACACCAUAAAGAAAUGUGCAUGUAAA